ACUCUCUCCCUGGUACAGUGUUGGUGGAGCUGGCCAGCAGUUUCGUGGAGUCCAUCAAGGAGGGGACGCUACAGGGAGGAAAAGCACUGGAGCUGUUCCCUAAGUUGCUGUCAGUGUUGUUGGUCCAGGAUGCAGUGGUGUACGGGGAGAGCUCCAUGAAGGGAUCAGAGUACAAGAGUCAUGUCCUCAACACUGUCUGCUCCUGCAAAUGGAACCCACAGAGUGUCCUUCACCUUGCUGCCAUGUUCCGGGACGUCCCCCUCACACAGGAGGAACUCAAGUUUGUUGUUGAGAAGGUCCUACGUGGGAUGCGUGACCUUGACCUCCAGGAUCUACCUGCACUGGUCUAUCAGCUGUUGUUGCUGGCUGCAAAGGGUCAUAAGAGGUUGGUUCUGGAAGGGAUCACUGACUUCUUCAUAGACCAGGACAACCUUCAACGGAGUCGCGGAAACCAGGAAAGCGAGGAUCUGAUGUGUGAGUACAACGGUGUGGAGACGCUAAGACACACCGAGGGUACCAGUAUCCUCCAUAUUGUCGUUGCCAUCAAACAAGAUCAGGAGCUGGGAAGAGAGUUUGUCAAAUAUCUGAAGGCCAGUCAGCUGUCAUGUCCAACAAGAGCCCUUGCCCCUUUCAACCUUGCCCUUGCCUUGUCCACAGCUCAACUGCACAGAUUCCAAGAUCAGAUAUUUGAUUUUUUAAAGAAUACAAUACUGAGAUGUUUUAAAGACACAGACAGACAGCAGCAGUCCUAUCUAGUGAGGGAAAUCACACACGAGAAACUGAACAUUGAGAGCAUGGUGCUGGAGACUGUCAGUAACAGUGUGUAUGGCUGGGAUCACGUGAUACAGAGCCUCGUGCAACUUGGCUUCACUUUGAUGGACAGUUUCGGACCAAAGGCUGCGGUUGGGAGGAUUGAGACCACCAGCCCCACCACACAACUGACCCCCUCCAGGCAAAGCUGUCGACUUGGUGCAAGGCUCCUCAUCAACACAUUCAAGGCUCAUGAAGUUGUGAGACACGAGAUUCUGGACCAGAUCUUCAACCGAGUAACCACCAAGGCCACAUCACCAGUGUCUCAUUACUUGGAGCUGCUAGCAGACACAGUCAAGUCUGCUCCUCAGCUUCUUCUGGAGUCUGUCCCCAAGGUGAGAGAAGCAUUCGACUACCUGUCAUUCCUGCCGCCGUCAUCGGCCGAGGGUCUUCUGAAGGCCAUACAGCCCCUACUCAAACUCAGCAUGUCUCUCAAAGACUCACUCAUACUCGUACUACGCGUACUACGCAAGGCCAUGUUUUCAAAGCAGUUGGAUUCCCGGAAGAUUGGUGUGAUGGGCUUCCUGAUGAUAUUGAAGCACUUCAAGGUCCUGGGAGGCCUGGUGUCCAGUCAGUCCAGUCAGACUUUCUCACUCAGCCAGAUCCAGGUAGACGUCCAUAAGCCGUACAAUGCUGCAAGUAACGAGGCUCUGUGCCUGGAGAUCCUGGGCAACUUGAGACGAUGCUGCACCCAACAGGCUGACGUCCGCCUUCAGCUGUAUGAGGGUCUUUAUGAAGUGCUAUGCCACAACUCGAGACUUCAGGCACCUAUUCUAGAUAUGCUGCUAAAUCAGAUCAAUCGUUACUACGAGUCCGACAGCGACAUGACGCCUCCAUUAAAGCUGGACCCCUGUAUCCUGGCUCAAGGGGAGUCUGUGUAUCUGGCAGAACCCAUGGGGCACCUGCUAGGCUGCAUCCAGCAGUGUGUUCUAAAGACCAGACAGUUCCAGAACCAGGCAGGUGGGGAUGAGGAUGAAGAUGAGGACUGUGUGACGGCCUUGACUGAGCUGGAGGAGUUGCUGACGUCACUGACGACCAGGAUGAUUGCAUGUGAGAUGGAAGACUUUGAACUGGACAAAUCAGCGGACUUUUCGCUGGCGUCCAGCGUUGGUGUCAAGAACAACAUCUACGCCAUCAUGGUGCUUGGGGCUUAUGAGGUGCUGAUGGAGUACACCUUUACUGCUGGACAGUUCAGUCUGAGCAGCUGUGAACAAGUUCUGAAGCUGUAUGACAACUACCACAAGCUGAGUGAUGUGCUGAAGGAGAAGACAGCUGCAGCUGCUGGAAAGAAGGGCCGUCCUGCAGCUGGGAAGAUCCCCCACAGUCUGCUGUCUCUCCCCUUUGUGGUCAACAUCUUGAAGGCUCUACUCAGUGACACCAGCACAGUUCAUGAAGACAGCCUGGCUGUACUACGUGGGUGUCCUGAGUUCCUGCAGUACAUCAUGUCCGUGGCCCUCCAGAAGGUGCAUCAGAUAGCAGACAAGGGCACCUGUGACGGGGCUGCUGGUGUAGGGAAGGAGAGACUGCUCUCACACUGCUACUUUCUAGCCAGGCUGUUGAUGACGUACUACACAGAGAAUCAGAUUCUGACUGAGGAACAGAAGAAAGAGAGGAAAAAGAACAUCUGUAGCCAGAGUCUGGAGGGGCUGGUUGGCAUCAUGUCCUAUGUCUGUAGUCUGGGCCAGACACACCUCUGUCAGUGUCUGUGUAACAUAGAGAAAGAUUGUGAUGGGGUGGAAGUGCGUGUCUCCAACAAGCCCGACAAAAUCCACACAUACAUUAAAACCCUACAGCGACUGAUCGCUAACAUCCUGGCAGCGGAGGAAGAGGUCCAGAGCUGGAAGGAGAUGAUCUCCCUACUGACCAUCAUCACCCUGCUGACCAAACACCUCCCCACAAACAGCCCCAACUACGAGCAGGUCCACUCCUGGGUCCACAAGAUCUCUGCUGAUCAGUCAAUAGAUGAUAUGGCCACCUGCAAGCAGCUGCUUGGGACGCUCCUGUCCCUCACCCAGCAGAUGAAGAACCUGCCCCAGGUGCUCCGUGACCUGGCCCAGGACAUCCACAGUCAGCUGGGGGACACAGACCAGGAGGUGGAGGUAGAGGACAAGACACACAUGGCCCUGGUGACACACCCAGCGCCAACAGUGUUGUUGAUGGUGUUGUCCAGCACUGACCGCGAGCUGGACGAUAUCGACUGGUGUCUCACCUGGAUGAAGGCAGACAUUCUUGCAAAGCACAGACAAGAGGAUGACAACAUGUCCCAGGCUCUGACCCAGAGAGAGAACCAUGAGAAGACAACAUGUAUACGACUCGGGCAUCUUGUCACAGGUUACCAUGAACUGGUACAAACAGCAGUGCCGUACGGCGCGGGUGUGGAGACCAUGUUGAAAACUCUGACCAGAUACUACACCACUCUCACAAACUACGUGAAAUAUUACCUGUCUCUGUAUGCCAACAAGAUCGGUCAUUUGACUGCUCGGUUUGAGAAACUAGUGAAGCUGGUUGCUCGAGAGCUGACACAAAAUGUCUACCCCUUCAUAACAUACAUACAGACGUGUGAGCACGAGCACAUGCAGCAGGCUGUAGACAAGGUGAAGAAGGACAAGAAGAAGUCUGGAGCAGCCGUCCAGGCGGGGAAGAAUCGAGCCAUGAAACAGACCAAGACGAUUCCCAACUUGAUCUACGCUAUUGAACAGUUUGAGAGGUUCAUUAUACAGCUCGGGAAGAAGUCGAAGGUAAACUUGAUGGACUAUAUGAAAGUAAGCACAUCGCGAGACUUCCGCAUCAACGUAGCAGCAGUACAGGCUGUGAUGGAGGAAGAGUCUGAUGAGGACGAAGAAGAGAUGGAUCAGGAUGCAGAGGCUGGAGGGGAACAAAAUGGGGAGCAGGCCUCUAACAGCAGUGAAGGCAGUGACGAGGAGAACCAAGCUCCACACAACACAAACCCUGCUGAUGAGGAUGAAGCAGCACCACCUACAAAGAAGAGUAAGCUGGGCCGUGCAGGACUGGGAAAACACAGAACAGCCAACUGAAAGGAUCUUGAUGUCUAAACAUGAACAGAAAUAACGGGUGAAAUAAAUGUGGUUACCUAACGUGAGCAAAGUAGGAAGUCAGUUAAAGCUAUCAAGCAAUCGUCAAUGAUGAAAUCAUCCUGAAUAUAUUGUCAGAAAUAUCCUCUGGGUUCCACAAAGAAUAUGUCAAAUGACCAUUCUUCAUUAGGCCAGAUCAAUUUUAUUUCUUGUUUUUCGGAUUUUUGUCCUCAGAAAACCUAAAGGCAGGAGGGGAAAAAAUAAAAUAAAAUCACAAGUCAAAGUAAUA